AUUUAGCAUGAGGUGCUAAUUACUUACUGAAUAGAGGAAUUUAAAAUUUAAAAUAUUUCUGUUAUUUAAAAAAAUAUAUGUUAUUUUAAUCUUCUAUAGUUAUCUUUUUUGUAAACUUUAUGAUUUUAAACAGAAUUUUUGCACAAACGUUAAAUAGAAACGAAUUUUCAAGGUCACUAACUUAUUUGAGGAUGUCUAUUGAAACAUCCAGUCAAAAUUCCUUGAUUACUGAUUUUAAAAAUUUUAAAUUUUCACCAUUUAAAUUAUUGGAUUUGAAAACUGAGACAAACCGAGACAACUAUGUUAGGAGAUUCAUCAAAGGUGUAAUUUUUUCUCAUGUCACCCCUACUCCAUUGUCCAAUCCCAAAUUGGUAUCAUUUUCUGAAGAUGUAUUGAAAAAUAUUCUUGACCUAGAUCCUAGUGUGGUUGAAAACCAAGAAUUUAUUGAGUUUGUCACUGGUAAUACUCUCAUUGCUUCUUCUACACCAAUUGCUCACAGAUAUGGAGGUCACCAAUUUGGAGUUUGGGCCUCCCAACUUGGAGAUGGUAGAGCUAUUCUUCUUGGAGAGUACUUAAAUAGGAAAGGUGAAAGAUGGGAACUUCAGUUAAAAGGGUCUGGCAAAACGCCAUAUUCAAGGGAUGGAGAUGGUCGUGCAGUCCUGAGAUCUUCAAUACGCGAAUUCUUAUGUUCUGAAGCUAUGCAUUGUUUAGGUAUUCCUACGACGAGGGCCGCUACAAUUACUGUAAGUGAUGAUAUGGUCGUCAGAGACCCAUUAUAUGAUGGACAUCCACAGCUAGAGCCUGCUGCUGUUGUUCUACGCUUAGCUCCUUCUUGGUUCAGAAUUGGCUCUUUAGAAAUUUUAUCCAAAUAUGGUGAAAUAGAAAUGUUGAAGGAUCUAAUUGAUUUUAUUGUAAAAGAGCAUUUUCCUGAAAUAGAAAACGAUGAAAACAUGAUUCCGAAUUUAUUACAAAAGAUUUUUCGUCUUACUAGUGAGUUGGUUGUGAAGUGGCAAUCGGUUGGGUUUACACAUGGUGUUCUUAAUACUGAUAAUAUGAGCCUUAUUGGUCUAACAAUUGAUUAUGGUCCCUUUGGAUUUAUGGAAGAUUAUGACAUGAUGUAUGUGCCUAAUCAUUCCGAUUCUGAAGCCAGGUAUUGCUAUGGACGUCAAACUCAAAUUGUUUUGUUAAACAUGCUAAUGUUGACAAAAGCAGUUUCGCCCCUACUCGCCCAAGAGCAAUUCGAAAUGGUUGCUAAAAUGCUGCAAAGUGAGGCCAAGUACACAGAUGAUAAAAUUGUAGAGGUUUUUUCUAGUAAGCUAGGGUUCGAUGAUAGUCAACCGCAACUAAUUGAAAUACUUUUAGCUAUGUUCAAAGAAACUAAAGCAGAUUUUACAAUGGUUUUUCGAGAACUAAGUGAAACUCCACUUUCAUCACUAACUAAACCUGCAUCAAAGUUGUGGGCACUUAAGGUACUUAGCAGGCAUAAGGAUUAUAAUUCAUUCGUAGAAAAAUAUAAAGAAGAAUUGAUUAAGUCAGGUAUCAGUGACAGCAGUAGAAUGGAAAGGAUGUGCCAAAUUAAUCCAUGUUAUGUUCUGAGAAACUGGAUAGGACAACAGGUUAUUGACAGAGCUGCUUCGGGAGAUUACUCAGAGGUUAAUGAGUUGUUAAAAAUUCUGAAAAAUCCAUUUUCACGACAAGAUGAGGCUGAACGCAGAGGAUACGCAGAUGUUCCUCCAUCAUGGUCUAAAUCUCUUUGUUUAAGUUGCUCUAGUUAAAAGAAGAAGUUGUUAAGAAAUAUCGUUGUUUAUGUAAUUAAGAACGGAUUCCAUGACAUGUAUCAUUGUGCAAUAAUAGUGAUGAGCUUUUAUUUUAUAUAUAUAUAUUUAGCUAAUAUUAUUAUAAACUAUAAAUAUACAGUAAUUUCCUAUUAGAAUAUAAUUAGAUCUAUUUUGGAAGAAAGUAUGCGAAUCCUUAUAGUUCAAGGGUGAACGUUGUGAAGAUAAUUAAACCAUGUUUCUUAAAAGAUAUCUCUUUGAAAUAACAUCAAUCAAGAAUUUUCUUCAACCUUCAAGAACCUGUUUAUUUUUCUGUUUAGCUAGGCAUUGUAAUUUAUUUUGAUACCUUCAUAAUAUCAGAAACAUAAUACUUAGGGAGGGGGGGGGAAAAAGAAGCAUUUCAUCACUGAUUUUUGCUAUUUUAUCGAGAAUGUAAUCUUUUAGAAAAUUACUAAAUGCCUUUGAAUGAUUUGUGGAAGUCAAAUUCUAGUUGAAAAAUUAAUUUUUUUGUUACAGUUUAACUUAGUUUAUAUUAAUUACUUGUUAUUCGUAUUUAUAUUUGUUAAUUUUUUUUUAUAUAAAUAAUAUAAAAAGUGUUUAUGAUGAAAAAUGGUUAGGAUGCGUAAUAAAAAAAUUAUGUUUAA